AUGGCUAUAACUGUUGGAUUUUUUUUUCCCCCUCUCCCAGGAAGCCCUUAUCAGCCCAUAAUUGAAGCAUUAGGAAACUAUCCACAAAAGAAGUUCUACAAUGUCUCAAAGCUUGGAGGCGCCAAGUAUGAUACUCUGCCUUAUUCCAUACGAGUGUUGUUUGAAUCCAGUAUCCGCAACUGUGAUGGCUUCCUAGUGAAGGAAACAGAUGCUAUGAACAUUUUGGACUGGAGAACGAAACAGAAUAAUGUUGAAGUGCCCUUCUGUCCUGCCAGAGUUGUUCUUCAAGACUUUACUGGAAUUCCAGCAAUGGUGGAUUUUGCUGCGAUGAGGGAAGCUGUGAGAAAUGCUGGAGGAGAUCCUGUGAAAGUCAAUCCUGCCUGCCCAACUGAUCUCACUGUUGACCAUUCUCUGCAGAUUGAUUUCAGCAAAUGUGCAAUACAGAGUGCUCCGCACCCUGGAGGAGGGGAUUCACAGAAGGCGAUGGGAAAGCUUUCCCCACUGAAGGCCCAGCCUCGGAAGCUCCCUUGCAGGGGUCAGAGCAGCUGCAAGGGGCCGUGUGGCGCCGGGGACUCCAGUCGCAGCUCAGGACACUUUUCUGCACAGAUUGAGAACACGCCUAUUCUCUGCCCUUUCCAUCUGCAGCCAGUGCCUGAGCCUGACACAGUAUUGAAAAAUCAGGAGAUGGAAUUUGGCAGAAAUAGAGAGAGGCUUCAAUUUUUUAAGUGGAGUUCAAAGGUUUUCAAGAAUAUUUCUAUUAUUCCACCUGAGACUGGAAUGGCGCACCAGGUUAACUUGGAGUAUUUGUCAAGAGUUGUUUUUGAAGUUAAAGAUUUCCUAUAUCCAGAUAGCGUGGUUGGCACAGAUUCUCAUACAACCAUGGUAAAUGGCUUGGGUAUCUUGGGCUGGGGUGCUGGUGGUAUUGAAACUGAAGCAGUAAUGCUGGGGAUGCCACUUACUCUCACUUUACCUGAGGUUGUUGGGUGUGAACUGAGAGGCACAGCCAGCCCACUUGCUACAUCUAUAGAUAUUGUUCUAAGCAUUACAAAGCAACUUAGGCAAGCUGAUGUAGCUGGAAAAUUUGUUGAGUUUUUUGGGAGUGGAGUUUCCCAGCUGUCUGUAGCAGACCGAACCACAAUAGCAAAUAUGUGUCCUGAAUAUGGUGCUAUUCUGAGCUUUUUCCCUGUUGAUAAUGUGACACUGAAGCACUUAAAGCAUACAGGUUUUGACAAGGCCAAGCUUGAGGUCGUGGAAGCAUAUCUUAAAGCUGUGAAGUUAUUUAGAAAUUAUGAGAGUUCUUCCACGGAACCCGAGUAUUCCCAGGUAGUGCAAAUUAAUCUAAGUUCUAUUAUUCCAUAUGUCAGUGGCCCCAAGAGGUCUCAAGAUAGAGUGACUGUAAAUAACAUGAAAAGUGACUUCCAAUCCUGCUUAAAUGAAAAGUCUGGUGUUAAAGGGUUCCAGAUUGCAGCUGAGAAACAGAAUGAUGUUGUACCUGUUAAUUUUGAAGGAAAUGAGUACAAGCUAUCUCAUGGCUGCAUUGUCAUUGCUGCAGUAAUCAGCUGUACAAACAAUUGUAAUCCAUCCGUCAUGCUUGCUGCAGGACUCCUGGCCAAAAAAGCUGUUGAAGCUGGCCUAGUUGUUAAGCCCUACAUCAGAUCAAGUUUAUCACCGGGCAGCGGGAUGGUUACACAUUACCUCAGUUCAAGUGGAGUAUUACCAUACCUCAGUAAGCUUGGGUUUGAGGUUGUUGGUUAUGGGUGUUCAACUUGUGUUGGAAACACUGCCCCCUUGCCAGAAGCCAUCAGGAAUGCAAUAAAACAGGGUGAUCUGAUUGCCUGUGGAGUAUUGUCUGGAACAAAGAACUUUGAAGGACGUCUCUGUGACUGUGUCCGCGCCAACUACCUUGCUUCUCCACCGUUAGUAGUUGCUUAUGCUAUUGCAGGCACUGUUAGAAUAGACUUUGAAACUGAGCCUUUGGGUACUGGCUUCAAUGGCAAAAGUAUUUACUUGCGAGAUAUUUGGCCAACCCGAAAAGAACUUCACACUGUGGAGGAAGAGUGUGUGAUAUCAUCCAUGUUUAAGGAAUUGAAAGAAAAAAUGGAGAAAGGAAACAAACGAUGGAAUUUACUGGAAGCACCUGAGUCAACUUUAUUUCCCUGGGAUUUAAAAUCUACUUAUAUCAGAUGUCCUUCCUUUUUUGAUAAACUUGCCAAAGAACCAGUUUCACCACAACCGAUUGAAAAUGCGCACGUCUUGCUCUAUUUGGGUGAUUCUGUAACUACAGAUCACAUAUCCCCUGCUGGAAGCAUUGCAAGGAGUAGUGCUGCUGCCAAGUAUCUGACCAACAAAGGACUUACACCUCGUGAAUUCAACUCUUAUGGAGCUCGUAGAGGUAACGAUGCUGUGAUGACAAGAGGUACCUUUGCAAACAUCAAGCUUCUGAAUAAGUUCAUAGGAAAGCCAGCUCCUAAAACAGUUCACUUCCCAUCAGGACAAACGCUAGAUGUGUUUGAAGCAGCAGAGCUGUACCAAUUUCCUGUAAUUAUUCUAGCAGGAAAGAAGUAUGGACUGGGUAGCUCAAGAGACUGGGCUGCAAAAGGGCCUUUUCUACUGGGUGUUAAAGCUGUCCUGGCUGAAAGCUAUGAGAAGGUUCAUAAGAGCCAGUUGAUUGGAAUUGGCAUAGCUCCACUUCAGUUUCUUCCUGGGGAAAAUCCAAGUACCUUUGGUCUCACUGGCAGAGAGCAGUUUUCUAUAUUGUUUCCUCCAGAACUGUCACCCAGAAUGACUUUGGAUGUUAAGACGAGCACGGGGAAAGUAUUCAGCGUGACUGCCUUGUUUGAAAACGAUAUGGAGAUAACUUUAUACAAAUAUGGUGGAAGUCUAAACUUUGUGGCUCGAAGAUUCUUAUAGUUGCUACUGACUAUGGGUACCUUGCAUAACUGGUAAUUCUGAAAAUGCCUUGUGUGAACCCAGGAAUCUGUACUGUGGAACUGCAAACAGUCCUAGUGUGCUCAAAGUUACUUCGUCCAUGGAUGUAAAAGAUUGUGAGUCAUUGUAACUGCAACAAGAUCCUUCCUGAUUUUAAAUAAUAUUCUAAUGGUGCUAUUAAACAUUGCUAAAAUCAACAUGUGUAUUGUGGCAAAGACCUGUAAGUACAGAGAGGAUGUUUUAUCAGACCAUUUUGUAAAUAAACUAUGCGAAAUCUGCAA